GGCUUCCGAGGUCCCCUUGAAAGUCUCUUCCUGCACUGCUAUUGAAAUGAUGUAGACUUGACAUUACCAUUUUGUUCAAAGAAAUACUAUAGCGCAUUAAAUGACAUUGAGUUGUGAAAGUAGUACAAUAUUGAGCUCGGGCCUCUAGAAAGGCAGUUACUAAUCCAGUACAGUAUACCUUUCUAGUUAUUGGUGUCGGUCCUCAUGGGUAAACCUCCCUCAGUUUGAAAAGGGCGGUAGAAAGACGACAUGUGAGUCACACACACGAAACAAUCUCGCAACAUAGUUAUCGCUGGAAGAGUUGGAACUAAAUAUAACCACAAGACCACCUUGCUCGUCGACACACAGUCACAUUAGUCUAGCCUAGGGGGUUCUCGAAUUGCUCGCCUGAACACAGCUUGGGAAAAAUUAAUUGUGAAAAAACCUACAUUGCCAACAGGACACGGAUAAUAACAGUCGAAGAUUUGCGAGACGCGCGCAGCCUUGAUGGAGGGUACGCCUAUUAUCAAAGUGUCAGUGGCCGAGUUGGCUGGGAAGUUUAAAAGUCAUAAUGUGUCGGGUGGUCCAGUGGUGUAUGAUGCGAGUAAGCCAGUCCGACGGAGACCCCCGCGCACGCUCCAAAUACCCGGCAAACAUGAGGAGGGCAAAGGAGAAGAGCAGAAAGGAGACAGCACUCCUGCACGUCCAGCCAGGUCAAGAAAUAGGAAUUCUGCUCUCAUUGAGAAGCUGCAGGCCGACCUGGCUCUGUCCCCCGCGGCCUUGCUGCCCUCUCCAAAGAGUCCGGGGAUCAGGCUGCCAGCCCCAGCGUUAACCCUUAGCAGCCCCGGGCCCCGCAGCCCUGUCUCCCCCACACCCAGGCCAGAGAAAGCCAUGGAGGUGGAGGCCCCGGCGAGCUUCGAGAAGCCAGCAGAGGGCGCCCUUUUACCCAGCAUCAAUAAGGGUAGGGCACGGCUAUCAGUGCGGCGCCGGCCGCCAUCCCGCCGGCUUAAGAGGUCAGGCAAAGAGGAGGACGAGGAGGAUGAGGCCGAGGCGGCGGAGGACAGUUCAGACAGACGUCCUUCAUCUCCUGCCACAGAGCCUGCCAAAGGACAGGCAGCGGUGGAGCCAAAGGCCCAGGCCACCACAGCCACAAGCGAUCAAGGAGAACUAGCUGCAGAGACACCCGCUACCAACAGGGCGGCGCCAGAGACUGGGGAUGAUGUGCCAAGCCCAAGCCAAACCCAGCCCAACAGCCAAGGUGAGACCAGCAGCACAGGUGCAGACCAGGAGGGCGGCGCUACAGAGGCACCCACAGCAGAAGCAGAAGAGGCUACUGAGAGGGGCGCUACUGCUACUGAGUCUGCAACGCAGGACAGCACCUCUGAGACCAAAGCUUCCAAAGCAGACUCAGAUCAAACAUCAACUGUGAAAACAGGAGAAGAGAAUGGAGAGCAGGGCAAAGAAUCCUCUGAUCUAAAGAAUGAAUCGACAAAGAAUGAGGCAUGAAAAAGAAUGCCAUCACAUUUGCCUUAAGUCAAAUUUUACAAUCAGCCAAAGAAAUGAAAGAGUGUAUGAAGGAGAGAGAGGUCGUUCUUUUAUGAACUGUUACUUUUCAUCAAACAUACUGUGCAUGGACACUCUUCUGUGGGUUAUGGUGAAACCUGGAAUGUUUACACCACAAUUCCUAUAUAGCAGUUGAGAACAAAAUGGUAGAUGACUGCCUUUCUCAGCUGACAUGGAAAAACACCAACCCCAUACUGAAACUUUUGUCCUCUGAGAUAUUGAAGAGAAUUGUCUCCAGGGAUGACCAUCAGAGCCAUCAGUUGCAUUUUAGAGGAAGCUGUAAGAUCCUGGGGAACCCUAACGGUGGGGACACAUAGGAGGCGAAGCGAAGAGAGGCGAAAUCCAACCAUCAUCAGGUCGUCGCGGCGAAUCAAAUGGAAUGGAACAGUUAUGUUGUUGAUUUGAUUGGGCCGUGGCAGGCGAAUUCGCUCCUAAUUUGCAUAACAUUAAACUUUCUUUAAUAAUUUUGCUCCUGUUCGCUUGCUUUCGCUUGCCAUCACUUGGCUUCGCCUAUCUCAUAGGAAUGAAUGGCAAAGUUCGCAAAUUCGAGUGUAUGUGUCCCUACCGUAAUAGUAAUCUGAGAAGAAACCCUCUGAAGAAUGUUCAAGAAAACCUCCUUCAGAGAGCUUUUUUGCAAUUUCUACUUUGGCAAAUGGAAGGUUCUUUGGGAAACUUUUAAUUUUUACAGUGUAGAUUUUAAAAUGACAAAUUUAAGGUAACCUGCGUGAAGCUGGCCCUCCUCACACCAAAAAUGCUGAAAUAACACUGCAGGUUGUUUGUGCUGGAUUAUGCUGUAUUGUAUGUAUUAGUAUUAUGAGUAUUUGAGUAUUUAAAUUACUCAAAAGCCUUAAGCCGGGGGGCAGCUUCACGCAGGUGAGAAGGUAGGGGUCACCCUACAGAUUAGGUACACAGGUGGACAUCAUGACCUCAGUUUGUAGCCUUUUCAUAUGGUCCUGACAGACAUAUCCACCUCUGGGUGCCUCUCAUGUCACAAUGCCUGCCAUUUCACGACUUCAGUGGUACAUCUCCAUUCCAUACACUUUAAAGUUUGACAUAGCUUAAUAAUGAACAUCAUUUGAAUAGACGUUUAACAGCACAAUGUAGCUGUGCACUAGAGACACUGAAUAUUGUUUAUGUAAAUUACUCCAGAUCAUGCUCAUCUUGAAAUGAGAUGAUAUAACAUGUUUUCUUUCUGUGAAGUUUAUUUUGGUCAUUAUUCACUGGAUAUUAAAAUGUGCUUGGUUGAGCUUAUGAAUGUUUGGACACGUGGUGAAUUUGUACCUUUCAAGCGGAACUGCCAAACUACCAUUUCACAAUACCUUUGCCUUUUAUUGACUUGUGAUUAGAUAGUUGUACAUAUCACACAGGUUUUCUCAUGUCAGACUGUGAUCUCAAUUAAUUUUUAACUUGAAUGUAAGUCUCCAUUGUAGGUCUGCACUGGGUUUUGUAUUUAGGUGAUGCUUUUGCAGUAAGUCAUGUAAAUAAAUCAAGACUUGUCUUUGCCACUAUUUCCUCAUGAGUGUUUAAUGUGUAGCUUAUUGAAUGCACUGACUCACACCACGUUGAAUGCACUCACAGCCUCACAAUAUCUUACCAGAUUUUAAACACCGAGGGCCACUUCCUUACUUUAUCACUGCUAGUUCCUGUCCAUUCAGUCCAAAGAAUCCAACAUGACAUGACUGCCUACAAAUGUACUUUGAGAACCACAGGUUAUGUUCUGAUGCCAUCGUUUUCUGACAAAACCAGGGCAGAUAGUAUUCAGCCUCCAUGCCUGAUUUCAGGCUUGACAGAGUUUACAGGAAAUGGAUCGCACUCUGAGUGCCAUCCAUUUCCUACAACUAGAUUACUUCAGAGACGCACCAACAAGACGGAAGAGCGCGGUGUGUGGAAGAUAACCUUGACAGAGUUUGCAAAAAUAAAAACAUUGAUAAUAAUUAGCCAUUAGGUUAUUCUUAUCUCAGAAAGUGUUACAGGUUCAGGCUUUUCUUCUACUAUCAGGCUUGAAUAAUUGUCAUACACAGGCUAUUAAAUGUUUGAAUAAUGUGUCAAAAUAGGCCUACGUUACGUCACUAUGCAGUAUCUUGUCGUCGUUGUUAGAGCAGGGGCAAAAGUUCAGGCUCAGGAUUUU